GAAUAUGAUCAGACAUCGCAGCUCAACAAAUUAAGUUCUCAGAAUUUUCCCGACACAUUGCUCUCACACACUCACAUAAUUCACGUGUCUUUUCCUUAGUGCUUUUAACAUCCACUUGAAGCCUGCUAAAUAUUCAACUUUUCACAGUUCCCUCAGAGCAUUUACCUCACAUUGGCUCCUGCAGGGUUUUGCCUCACCUCUCCGUUUCGGUGUCACUCAAUCCCUGGAAAGACAUGAUCUGCAUAUUAACCAGUCUAGGGUUGGCUUGAAGCAGCAGAUGGACUGUUUUCUAAAAAUAUCAAGGGCUCAUCUGUGCAUUUGGCAGUUUGGUUUUCACCGCCACAACCCCCAAUUGUGAUGUAAAAAAACAGUUGACUUUUAUCCGCAUUAAGUAUCUUGAGGGAAUAAUGCUGAGAGCGUGAUCUGAGAAGGACACUUCAUUCAAAUGACAAUGCUGUAACACAAAAUUUCCUCCUGUGUACAGAGCUGUCUGCUCAUUUCAGCCACUGAGAAUAAUUACAGCUAAUUCACUAAGCAGAGAGUUGUUACUCCCUGACAAGCUGUCAUCACACUGAACCCAUCAUCUCAGCUCUUCAUAUUUUUUAGAGGCUUGUGAAGAACUCAUGGAGCUAAUUUCAUACUCAAGGCUGAGGGGAAUAGUUGGGCCACUCAGGAGAUUUCAUAUUUCAUUCAUAAAGUUGUUCCCUCUGUUGACUGUGACAACACGAUGUAGCCUGGCUCCAGUCAGACUUUGAAUUAAGCUAAGAUUAUUAGCAGUGUCAAACUGAAAAGCAAGUGCUAAUGGCAGCAGCUAGUCAAACAGAGUCAAACAAGACAGUCUGUGAGUCUGAGGUUACUCUAACAGGAUAUAGCUAGCUGGCAGUUAGCAUGUAAAUAGCAUAUGACUUCAUUGUCAUAAAAAGUGAAAUUAUAAAAUAAAAUGUGGCAUGAAAUAAAAGUGAAAAAGAAAUUAAGCAUCAAAUAAAAACUUGAAAAAAUAUAUAUUUUUAAAAUUACAAAUCUAUAGUGAAAUUUAAAAAACCCUCAAACCAAACAAUUUUAUUAUGAAAAUAAGAAUGUUGAAAUGACAUUUCACAUUUGUUUGUUUGUUUAUUUGUUUGUUCGUUUUUUUCCCCCCAAUAUCAGUUCUUAUUUUUACAAAUUUAUUCCAAUGCUUUUUAAAUUCAAAUAUAUUUAGUAUUGCCCUCUUUAGGACUCCAUACAUAAGAAUCCAAGUUUUCAAUUAAAUCACUAAGUAGAUGUAAUCACCAGGAUCAGGAGACUGACAGACUGUGAUCUUUAGAGUAAGCUACAGCUUUUUCUGAAAUUAAAUGGAUUUUUCAUAUUGCAACAACCAACAACCAAUAUUAUUCAAAUGUCUUUCUCAAUCAUUAGAUGUGGUAACUGUGGUUUUAAAUGAUGUGGACUAAUAUAAUAAUAAAUAUUUUUUUAAAAAACUACAAGGAAUAAGAAGGUAAUUCCUCAUUUAAUCAGUGAAUCUGUCAGGACCAUGAUUUCCGAAUCAGUUGAUAAAAUCGCUGAACUUGUUGCUGGGUGUAAAUGUCUGUGUGCUGAUGAUGACCAGCUCCCUGCAGACUUCCUGCUGCCUGCAGCUCAGGUCAUUUCAUCUCAGUCUGCUCCAGUCGUCUGAACUACUCUAGCUUUUGAUUGCAGACUUCAGCCUUUGAUCAGUCGCUGGGGCGGACAAAGAAACAAAACGUCAGGUGAAGAGAAAUCAUCCGAUGAUGACCGGAAUUUGUCUUACCUCCAAAAUAAAAGCAUUUGUCACACCUCUGACUUCGAAAACACACAUGCAGAACAUUUUGCAAUGAUUUGAAAAUUAUUUGACGUGUUGUUUGGGUUGGUGAACCGCUGACAUUGUUAAGAGGGACGGGGACAAGCAUGUACGUAUUUUAACCGUGUUGAAAUACCCUGGCUUUGGAAUAUCGUAUGUACUGUUUGGUACAAUGUUGCUCAAACAGUCACUGUAUUUUUACAUAUUGCAUUGCUUCAUGAAUGCACAUAUAAACAUUUUGACAGCCUUCACUCAUCAGAGAUAUUUUAGCAUUAUGUUUAUUUUGAAAAUAUGGCCGGAUAUAGUACUUAUUUUCUACUCCAGCAGUAUUGACAUCUGUGACAAAAGCAACCGUGAGCUCCGUUGUACCCACACAUCCAGCACUCAGCGCUGAUAAUAAACCGGCUGACCAGGGAGAAGAGAGAGGGCACACAAAGGCAACACAUUUAUUAUCACCUAUUAAAAAAUUAAGCUUAAACUUCAGCUUGUGUCUGUCUAGAUCACAGACUUAUUCUUGGAGAAAAAUGGGAGCUUUGGAAAAAGUGUAUUCAUUAAAUCACAGGUCCUCAGUCAUGUUUGACUCCUUGGUAAAGUGGAGCGGAGGGUUUGGGCGCGCGGUUGGACUUGUCCCUUGUUUCUGUGCGUGAAAUGAAAAAGCUCUACAAUGGUUUUGGCUGUACAUUAACUAUGGGCGCUCAAAUUCUGGAGUCCAACUCCAGCGGCAACUUGACUCCCGCAGUGUCUGAGGCUGGGACUGUCCUCCCGGGCUACCUGGUGGUGAUCUUAACGGUCCUCAUGGUGACUCUGGUUGUCGUUGUGGUGGCUGGGAACGCGCUGGUCAUCAUGGCUUUUAUUGUGGAUAAAACCCUGAGGAAUCAAAGCAACUACUUCUUUCUGAACCUUGCUAUAUCUGAUUUUCUCGUGGGUGCCUUCUGCAUCCCGGUGUACAUCCCGUACAACCUGACAGGCCGGUGGAUGCUGGGUAAGGGUCUCUGCAAGGUGUGGCUGGUCAUGGACUACCUGCUCUGCACUGCCUCAGUCUUCAACAUUGUCCUCAUUAGUUAUGACCGCUUCCUGUCAGUCACAAGGGCUGUUAAAUACAGAGCACAAAGAAACAUGACCCGCCGGGCUGUGUUCAAGAUGGUGGCAGUGUGGGUGUUGGCCUUCCUCCUCUAUGGCCCUGCCAUCAUCUUCUGGGAGGCAAUCGUUGGCCAGAGCAUCGUCCCGGCCCACGAGUGCUACGCUGAGUUUUAUUUUACCUGGUACUUUCUGCUCAGCGCUUCUACCUUUGAGUUCUUCACCCCAUUUGUGUCGGUGGCCUUCUUCAACCUCAGCAUUUACCUGAACAUCCAUCGCAGGAACAAGAACGGGGGCGCCUGUGCCGAGGACGACGUCAAGACUCAGAGGAACAGUAAGAAGCACAGAGAUGGAGGAGCCUGGUCUGUGUUUUUUGUCAAGACUCGGAAGGUGUCGUCCAGCGAACCCACUGCUAUCUCAGCAGUCAUCGAGGACGAUGACGUCCUGUCCCCUUCUUCCAGCGGGGACCCAAACACUAGUCAGAUAUUCAUGCAGAGGGAGAGGUUCUCCCCUGCCAGAAAAAACUCCAGGCUCUUUCAGCACACGGCCUCCUGCGUGGUGCCUGGCCGUAGGACACAGGGAUCUCGCCUUUCCAGAGACAAAAAGAUUGCCAAAUCUUUGGCCAUCAUUGUCUGCAUUUUUGGGAUUUGCUGGGCUCCCUACACCCUACUUAUGAUUAUCCGUGCUGCUUGUAGUGGUGAAUGUGUAGCAAAUCACUGGUACGAGAUAACAUUCUGGCUUCUGUGGCUGAACUCUGCCAUCAACCCGUUCUUGUACCCUCUGUGCCACAGUAGCUUUCGAAGGGCUUUCUCAAAGAUACUGUGUCCUAAAAGACAAUCAGUGCAGCCUCAGAUUGAGGCUCAGUCUUGUUAGAUGGACUCAAUUGCACUUCCAUGGUUUAUGAAUGUAGUAACUGUUGUUGGUCAUACACUGUAAAAAUCCAUUACUGUUCUUCCAUCAAAAAAUAUCCAGUUUUCAAAAACAAAACAAAUGUUUGCAUUAAAGUGAGGAUUGUCACAGCAUAUCUGACAGCAAUACAACAACAUAACAGUCAGGAAAUGUGUGUGAGAAACUGAAACUGCAGUUGUAAUAAUCUUAAUGAUGGGGUAGCGCUGUGGACUCUUUAAAAGUGGAUAUAAUCGCUCUUGAUUAAAGUGCCCCUAAGAGCAGAUGUCAGAUUUUUCAAAUGGUGUACAUGCUACCGAUCACAGACUCUGUAAGUAGGACAGGAAGGAGUGAUGCGGUUUAUGCUUUCUCAACACUGAGUUCUUUAUGUGCUGAAGGCUGUGAAAUGAUCACUUACACGGCCAAAUAGAAGGUGAUUAUCCUAAUUUUGUCUAAGAUGUUAUACGAGAACCACAGCUCACCAAGUUGUUAAAUUAUGGUCCGUCUGAAUGAAGGCACAGUGGAGGGAAACAAUGGCAGUAGCACGCAUCAAGUUUUUCACAGGGUGGCUGUGACUAGAAAACCUUUCAACUCCUGUCUAGAUCAAAUUGUUGUGAAGGAAGGGUUUCAUGGUCUUUCAUGGUUUUAUAAAGUUUCAUAUCCUCUCUGCACAUGAAAUCCUUUCACUUUGGAUUCAGAGCUGUUAAUCUGAAAAUAAAAAGGCCCUCAAGCUUUUCAUCAUGCAGCAAUAGAACUUGACACAAUGGCAAAUGUACCUGUACCUGUAAAGAAGAGAAUAACCAGUAUUUGUUUACUGACCACUGAGUGUACUUUUAUCACAGUGAUGUUUUAUAUCAUUUUAUCUGAAAACUAUGGGAGGGGGAGGGUGAGUCAGCUGUCAUUUGCCAACACUGAAUCUGCACUUAAUUUUAAAAAGGCAAUUUUUGUUGAUGUUCAAAAUGUACAGCACUAUAAGAUGAGAGCAGCAUUAAAACUUUCGUACAGUAAUAUCUAUGCCAAGCUAGAUGGUAGUGUUCUUUGAGUGCAGUAUUUGUUUAAAGACUUGACUGGUUUAUACCAACCAAACUAUUACUUGACUACUUUGUAUCUUGGCUAUGAAUGUGUGUUGGUGUAAGUAGCCAAUGAAAGAAUAAAAAGAAGACUGCCUAGAGGCUUUGUAACUGUACAUAUUAUUGGUCAAAUUUGGAACACAGGCAGUGUAAAAGGAAUAGUUUGACAUUUUUGGAAAUAUACUUGUUAAAUUUCUUGCAGAGGGUUAUAUGAGGACUGAUAACACUUGCGUGUCUGUACACUAAAUAUGAAGCUACAACCAGGAGAUGGUUAGCUUACCUUAGCAUCAGCAUAAACAGUUGAAAUCAGCCCCUUUUAGAAAAAAAUUCUAUGCUAAUCCAGAGGCUUUUAAAUGUCCAUUAGCUAGCUAACAGUCCAAACAAACAUGGACUACCCAACUUAGAAACAACGCAAGGUGAAAAUUUGCUUCACUUUUUGUCUGAACACAUGUUAAAGUUCACUAGUUAAAGGUACCAUAUUGUAGAUUGUGAGGUUUCCAUGUCAUUAUUUCCUUAUAAACAUAUAUAUAAACACAGGCCGUAUUCAGAAACUGUGCCUGUAAACAAGCCAUCAGGACUUCCCUUCCCCUAAUUGUGAUGAUAAAACGAUCAAACCUUUUUUGGUUGUUAAAUUUAUUGACAGCACAACACACAACACAAACAGCCAUUCAGCUGGAUGUUUGGAAGCCAAUAUAUUAUUGUCUUCCAGAGAGAAAUGUGAAAUAGGAGAUGUAAAACUAUACUGAGAUGGUGUUUGCUACUUCAAACCACAAAUAUAUCUUUUUACAGAUAUUAAAAAUAAAUAAAAUAAAACAUCAGAAAAGUGUAAAAUAUUGGACCUUUAACACAUUACAGUUCCUUUGUUCCAGGAAGUCACUGCAACCAGCCAAGAAAUAGUCAUAAAUCCCUGUAAAACUGUAACUAAUCAUUUGUUAACAGUUUUUGUAUAAAUUAUUAGUUAUUGAGAUUUUCUGGUAAGUGGAUUUUGUUAGCACUUUCCUCAUUUCCAGUCAUAAUGCUAAGCUAACUAUCUCUAGCUGUAGAUUCAUAUUGACCGGACAAAUAUAUGAGUGGUAUCAGUCUUUUCAUCUAACUCUCAGCAAAACUGCAUGUGAAAUGUGAAAUGUCGAACUACUGCUAUAAGUGCUUUGUGAGAGGUUUCUGUUUUCUGUGAUAAGAUAAGAUAAGACUGACAUCAGGUGAUUCAAGUGAGGUGAGUGGGUGGAGAAGAAUCAUGUGCUGUAUGUGUCAUAGUCAGCUGUUGCCUGAGUAUGAUACAUACCUGGGAAAAUAUAAAUAUAAAGGAAUACUGAUAUUGCUUUUAAAAAGUUCUUCAAAAAAACAUCUUUACAAAAGACUUGAAAAUAAAAUGAAAAUAAAGAGCU